UGCUCAGCGCCCCCACCCCUCGGCUCGCGGCGCCGCGCCCACGCGGACACGCUGCGGGGCAGAAGCGCGCGCCCGGGCUGCGGAACGGCUGCAUGGAGGAGCCCCUGGCGUGGGAGACCGACGGCCUGCUUCCUGUGGAGAGGCAGCUCCAUGAGGCCGCCCGGCGGAACAACAUCAGGAGGAUGAAGGAACUGAUGGAGAGGAGAGUCAACGUCAGGGCCAGAAACCACGUAGGCAGGGUGGCCCUGCACUGGGCUGCGGGCGCCGGGCACGAGCCAGCUGUGCGGCUGCUCCUGGAGCACAAGGCUGCUGUGGACGAUGAGGAUGUGUUUGGGAUGAAUGCGCUUCUCCUGUCUGCCUGGUUUGGCCACUUACAGAUCCUCCAGAUCCUGGUCAACUCUGGGGCCAAGAUCCACUGUGAGAACAAGGACGGCCUGACCUUACUACACUGUGCAGCCCAAAAAGGCCACGUGCCGGUGCUGGCGUUCAUAAUGGAGGACCUGGAGGACGUGCCCUUGGACCAUGCUGACAAACUGGGAAGGACGGCGUUCCACCGGGCGGCCGAGCAGGGGCAGCUGGAUGCUCUGGACUUCCUUGUGGGCUCUGGCUGUGACCACAGUGUGAAAGACAAGGAGGGGAACACGGCCCUUCACCUGGCUGCCAGCCGGGGCCACCUGGCUGUGCUGCAGCGGCUUGUGGACAUCAGGCUGGACCUGGAGGAGCAGAACGUGGAAGGUCUGACCGCCCUGCACGCGGCGGCUGAAGGCGUCCACCCCGACUGUGUACAGCUGCUCCUUGAGGCUGGGAGCUGUGUGAAUGCCUUCACCCAGGUAAAAAAACAGAGCUGUCUCCACUACGCAGUCCUCGGUGGCUCUGAGGACAUGACCCGGACCCUCAUCCACGCAGGAGGCCACACCAACAUGGCUGAUCCUCAGGGCAUCUCUCCUCUGCACCUAGCUGUGAAACACAACUUCCCUGCCUUGGUCCAGCUCCUCCUCGAUGCCGGUAGUGACCUGGAUGCCACAGACAAUAGGCAGCAGACACCCCUCCACCUUGCGGCUGAGCACGCCAGGCAGGACAUAGCGGAGAUGCUCCUCAUCGCGGGGGUUAACUUGAACCUGAGAGAUAAGCAAGGGAAAACCGCCCUGGCAGUGGCCGCUCGCAGCAACCACGUCAACCUGGUGGACAUGAUCAUAAAGGCUGAUCGCCUCUACACGUGGGAGAAGGAUCACCCCGUGCGCAAGGACCCCAAGGAUCCCUAUGGGAAGAACUUGACCUUUAAGCAGGACCAUCGGCAGGAAAGGCAGCAAUUCCACUCUGUGCUGUGGCGACUGGCCUCCAGGGACCUGCGGCCUCACGAGUGGAAGAAGCUGGCAUAUUGCUGGGAGUUCACUGAGGCCCACGUCCAUGCCAUCGAGCAGCAGUGGACAGGCACCAAGAGCUAUCAGGAACACGGCCACCGGAUGCUACUCAUCUGGCUGCAUGGCGUGGCCACCACCGGUGAGAACCCUGGCAAAGCGCUGUUUGAAGGCCUCGUGGCCAUUGGCAGGAGGAACCUGGCUGAAAGCAUCAGGAAGAAAGCAAAUGCUGACCUGGGGGCCCCCAGCAGGUGCACGGCCAUGUAACCAGAGGGGCCAGACUUUCAGGGGCAUGGGGCCUCAGAAUGGGAGCCACUGAACAGAAGAGGACCACCACGAGGGCUUUAAAAAAAAAAAAAAAUCACAGUUAACAGCCCUCCAGCUGCUCGUACUGAACCGCACAGCCGAGCAGGAGCAGCGGGCACGGCUUGUAAUCUUUCACGAGGGCUGGUCUGGGGCCGGCUUGGGUUCUGCAGGCUCUUCCCACGGGUAUGGUUCUUUACAGUUCUUGGAGCCUCACAGCAGUCUCCUGAGAUGCAAGGGGCAUCUUUUCAGAGAGGACACCGAGGCCCCGGAUGGAUAAAGCAGCUAGUCCAGCUGUUGAGGUCAGGGGCCAAACCCCGCAUUCCUGUCUCUCCAACCAUCACUUACAAAAUGGACCACCCUUCGCUCAUUCACUGGCUUUUCAUGAACACCACACUUACUCCACAGCUCUGUUUCUGUCUCCAGUCGUGUUCCAGGAGGCACAUGCUCUUUUUUUCUGUUUUAGAGUUUUUUUUUAAUUAAAAAAUUUUAUUUUGAAAUCCUUUCAGACCUAACGAAAAACACUGCAGAACCAGUACAAAGAAUUUCUGAAAACACUUCACAAUGCAGCUUCCCCAAAUAUUAACAUCUUAAUCACAGCAUAAUUUUCAAAACAAAGAAAGUGAACACAUACCACACUCUUAACUCUUCCUCAGACCUGAUUCCCAUUUUGUCAGUUGAGCCGUUCAUGUCUUUUUCUGGAUCAGGAUCCAGUCCAGGAAUACGCCUUACAUU